UAUGGAAGGCCUAUCUAUCGCUUUACAGAGAACUGAGCUUCCGAUUCAGGUGGAGAUGGAUUCUUUGGAGGUAGUAAAUAUGAUCAUGCUAACACGAAUAGAUCCAUUUUUGCUUCUUUGGUGCGUGAGAUUAAGCUCUUAAGGGAACUCCGCGAGACCUCCGUUACACACAUUAAGCGCAGUCAAAAUAGUGUUAGCGAUUUCUUAGCAAAGUUUGCUAGAAAUGAAGAAAGAACCGUUGUUUGGUUAAACUCUGGCCCGUCGGAGGUUAUUGAACUUUGUAAUUCGGACCGUAGCCUUGCUACUACUUGAUCAAUACAAUUUUCACCCGCAAAAAAAAAAAGAUUUGAGCUAUAACCUCAGCUCGAUCGUGCAGUUGGAUACGGUCACAUAUACUGUCGUUUGUGUUUAAAAAAACAUAUACUGUCGUUUCCAUCCAGGUGAGUCUUUCCCAACUUCAAUCAAAUACUACCGCCUAUAUCUUGGAGAAUUUCACGCAAUCAAAUACUGCAUAUCGUCGUGAUUUAUUUGUAACUAACCAGUCCGAUACAAACUAAACUCGGUGUUCUCCCCUUCUCUCUGAUCUCAUCUGGAAAAAUUCAGAGCACAGGUUGCGCCCUCCUAAAUUCGAGCUUUCACACGUGGCCUCGAUCCCGCUCGGCACCUUAUGGUCAACCCCCGCGGCCGUCGCCAUGGCCGCCGCAUCCCGUAUUGCGCGGCCGGUUCAUGUCCAGCUGCUGGACCGGCGAGGAUCCUCGUCGGCGCAGGUCAAGAUCAGGCCCGCACGCGUGACGCGUUUCGCUCACACUGUGACAAGCGUGCUGAUCACCUCCCCGAGCCAGAGCCAAAGCCAGAGAACAACGAUCCAAACAUCGCUGCAACCUCAGAGAAUGUUCCCUUGGUAGAGGAGCUACUCAAGCGCUAUAACGCGAUUAAAGCUGAGAUGGGUGUGCGGGAGCCCCCUGAUAUGUUCCUUAAAGAGAAGGGCCGAAUUUCUAAGUACAAUAUGAAGUUGUCUUCUUCAGAUAGCAAUCUGAAUGUAGACAAAAAGGUACAAGCACAACUAGUUUACGAAAGUGCACAAAAAGCUCUGGAUUUGGCUUCCACGGUCAUGGAUAUUGCGAGCUUAGGGUGUGGCAUGGUAGAAAUUUCUAAACAUACAGUAGACCAGAUGGUUAGGACAUAUGCAACUAUAUUCUGUGAUGUUGCUGAGGCUGCAUACCAUCAGAAGAUCGAGAUGGAAACCACUCUCUCGUUUCUUGGUGCCCUUAGAGGCUUAGGGGCAAUUGGUCAUAUCGUGGUUCAAGAUACAAUGGCUAAGCUCAGAGAUGGUCAUUUUAAAAACCUAUCAUAUGUUACAUGGAUAAACAUUCUGAAAAGUUUGUCAAGAUGGUGAAGAACUUGGAAGAUGAAACUGCGGAGAACAAGUCAUGGCAGGCGGUGACAGGUAUACUAUUAUCUUGUCAGAUCGAUAUGGAAGUGUAUAUUUUAAAGCUUAGCAAAUGUCACAGGGCUGCACUGGACUACUUUGCACGGAAGGAAUAACAUAUCCACGAGAGGUUUGGAUUUCCUUCACGCCAGAACAACGACCGCGGAGAAGUAUGGUCAGGGUAUCACACAGGGUUUGAUUUAUAUAUAUGAGUACUGUCUAGUUUUUAGAAAACAUUGUUAGGUUAGAUAUUUCCGAGUAGCAUGUGAGCAAGAACCUAUUUAUUGUGAGUGGCCAAACAACAUUCUCAUAUUUUACA